CUACGGUAUGAAACAGUUUUUGUGUCAUUAUUUUCAUGGCAAAGAUGCUACUGUUUAACAGAAUAUAUCGAAAUGUGUAUAAUAAUGAACGAUGGGAGGGAUGCCAAAUAAUCUACAUUUUUCAUGGAAUCUACGCGCUUUAGAGCCUAUAUAUAAUCGCUGCAAUACAAGCAACAGAUAUGUAAAGUGUCAGACGUCAUGGCUGACAACUCAAUGCAGUACUAUGUUAGGUUGCGAAUUUGAUCACAAUGAUAAAUGGCCAUACCUUCGGAACACUGAUUGUACCUUAUACAAUCUAUGUUUCCAGACUCAAUUAACUUGCCUACAAAGCAGACGGAUGGUUUGGAAUAUAACAAGCAAUCGUUCUUCAAUUCACAAUGCUUACCAUAGUUCAUGUUUCCCUACUUCGUCAACUCACGGCACCGUUAGGCAAUACAAUAGUGAGUCAAAAGAUGAUGAGUCAGCUUCACAGAAAAAGCAUGCAUAUAAGAAUGACCUUAUAAAAUCAGCAGAAACAUACCAUAUCUUGCGGAAUCUCAAACUAAAUAAACCUGAUGAUUUCCAGGCCAGUAUUAUGUGGUGGAUGAAAGGAUAUGUAAAAUCAUCCGGAGAUCAUAUUAUAAAAUACAAUGAAGAUGAUCCCAUUGAUGGAGCAGUUGGAAGUGCUCUAGGAAGAGUAGCAUUAGUAGUAGGAGGGUCAAAAACAGGCAAAACUACUAGCUACAUGCUGGCGCUCUCUGACAUAGUAAAUCAAGAAAGGCAUGACCUUGAAAAGUUCGGUCCAAUUCGUGAUGAAUAUCGCAAUAAGCUCAUACUGAAAAAAUCUAUAAGUACAACCCAUUACCACUCAAGAACAGAUAUGCCCAAAAUACACGGUAUACCGAAAUUUGAUUGGAAUGCUCUAAUAGUGCCGUUGGGUGUAGUAUUAGUACCGCAUAGAGAAAUUGCUCAAGAAUUGUUUGAACUGAGUUGCAAAAUGCAGUUAAGAACAAGGUUGCUUGCAGGAGGUAUGGGUAAUAAAAAGGCUGCCUCUUUUAGAGGCGGAUAUGCCACCGUAACAAAUGAUAAGCAGUAUGAUAACAUUGACCUGAUUAUAUCAACACCAGAAAUGUUAGUGCGUGUGUUGAACGGUGCUUAUAAUGAUACUAGGAUUGAUAUUAAAUAUCUGCAAUUCCUGAUCAUGGAAGAAGCCGAUCUCCUGUGCGACGGAUUUUACUUAGAACAAAUGAAUGAAGUAUUAAACAUGAUACAUUCUUAUAAAUUGAGAACUAUUUGCAUAACAACUGCUAAAACUGACGCCCUAAUGAACUACUUACAACACUCGCAUCUAGAUGGAAAGGGCGAUAUGCUGUCUCAAAUUCAAAUAACUCAUCCAAAGAGUCAUAGCGUUGGUCAAAACGUAAAGCAAAUAUUCACAGCAAUUGCACAGGGUGACCCUGUGGAUAGACUUAUUGAAACCUUUGAUGAGCUAGAUGUACGAGUUGGUUCUGGAGGACCCAAAACAUUAGUUUUUUGUAAUACUGUUAAAUGUUGUAAGUUCUUAGAACAUACACUCAGUGACCGUGGAUAUAAAGUUGUAUCACUUCACGGAGAAAUGGGAUAUGGACAAAGAACAAAGGCAAUUAAAGACUACGGAACGCGGAAUAAUAUCCUUGUGGCUACGAACUUUGCCAGUAGAGGCAUAUUGAAUAAAGAGGUAGAUAACGUAGUCUCUUUCGACUUCCCGGAUAACGUAGCAGAAUAUCUACACAGAGCUUCUAGGGUAUCCACCAACGGAACAGUGAACACUUUAUUUAGCAAAAAACAUAUACCAAUGUUGAAAAAUAUACAGCGAAUCAACACAGUUGACCAUCAAAUAGAAUAUAGAAAUGUAAGUGCAAGGGUCGCAAGGGUAUUGCAACUACAGCUUGAAUGGGAUGCUAAAAUAGCACUCAGAAAUAGGAAACUUAAAAAGGGUGGUAGAAAAGCCCUAAAACUACCACCUAGACGCAACAUACUAUCACCUGCAAACAAAAAGGCAAUGAAGCGUUUCUACCUCAGAGAGAAAGCCAUUAAGAAAGUACAACUCCUUCAAAAACGUGGUGUACUGCGUAAAGGUUAUGGAUUACCAAAAUGGCCUGAUCGCGCAAUAGAAGCAAGUGAUAGUCAGGAAUUUGUAAGAAUGCAACGUUCCGCAGAUGGUUUUCUGCAAAUCAUACCAAAACGAAGGUCACGCACAAAAACGAUUGUACAGGAAGGUGGUUAUGAUCACGAUGCCAUACCCAUAAAAAAUGCUCCUACAUAUCAAGAGGAAACAAAGUUGAAGCCUAGAAAACAUCACCGAAAUACACACUUUUCUUAACAACGGAACAU